AUGCGAAAUGCGUAUAGUACAUUAGUUCAAGCUGUGAACCCUCUUGAUGACUUGCGUGAGAAUUAUAGAUUUAUAGUUAUUGAAGACUCACGAGAGAAGGCUUCUUGCGAUUCAUUAUUACCAAAA